UCGUCGUGAACGCGGUUCGUUCACGGGGACCGCGACCAACUGUUGAACUGCGUGGCCUACAUCCGGAAAUCCCGUUACCCGUGCCACUUGUUCGGCACCACCAGACGCCAAGAGCCGCGCAUACGUGUUCGGGGGGGCCUGGCGAUCGCGUUAUUGUGUUAUUAUUAUUAUUAUUAUUACUAUUAUAUACGCGACAGUAACGAUUACGGAUCGGCAACGCGUUAACGUAUCGUGCCCGACACAGAAAUUUCACUCGUACUCGUAUUGCAGCGACUUGUUGUAUAGCUACAACACUCGCUUAUUAUUACAUAUUUAAUCAUUAUUUAUAUUAUAUUGUUAUUAUAAAUACCUACCUCUGCGCAUUUACACGUAUACGCACGAAUGUUUGGGUUACCGGGAAUUAUGGGCAAAGGUGUCUUCGGAGAGAACAGCAACAAUCGGAGCCGCAACAACAACAACAACAAGAGCAAUAACAGCAGUAACCGCAACAAGAGCAAAACGCUUACGUAUCUGCUGUGGCUGGUAGGCGGCGUGUGCGGCCUGCACCAUUUCUACUUGGGCAGAGACCUGCAGGGCGUACUCUGGUGGUGCACGUUCGGUGGGUACUUCGGAUUCGGUUGGCUCAGGGACCUGUUCUACAUCGGCGAGUACGUGGCCGACGCCAACAAGGACGAGAAGUACAUGAAAAAAGUCGACUACAUGGUCCGCGUGUACGAAAAGCCACCGUUUUCUACGGUUCGAUUCACUGGAAUGGUAGUAGUGGCGUAUCUUUUCAGUACUGUUGUAUCUCUAGCAAUACCCGAAGACAAUGUUGCAGGUCUUAGUUGGCAAUGGUUACAAAUAUUUACUCCUCUAGCUGCUGCUUUAGGUGUAUGGGCCGUGGGAAAUAUUGGUCAUGAAACAGGAUCUAUUAAAUGGCCUUUAAUAUGCGCGUACUUAAUACCCAUGGUUGGUAAUCCGUUGAAAUCAUUUAUUUUUGAUAAAUGGGGCUAUGAUAUUGAUGAAUCUACAUCAUUUGCCAUAAUGAUAUUAUCUGCAGCAUGGUCAUUUGAUCAUUUGGAAAAACGUUGGAGACCAAAAAACCAAAAGACCCCAAGCACCUUAAAGCGAAUCGCUGUGAUCAGUAUGUGCUGUUUAUUAUACAUGGCUUUAUGGAGUAGUUAUUUGUAUUUCAACGCCAAAGUGACUGAUGAAGAUGGAGACGAAGUACCAUUCCACGAGGCACUAGGUCAUUUUUUCAGUUCACCCUGGUGGUUAGACGUAAAACAAUCAUUUAUUGAUGUAUGGCAAUUUGCCCAAGAACAUGGGUGGAUGGAGACUUGGCGACAAAUAGUUUCAUUAUCUGAUCCUUCGGGUGAACAAAAUGCUUUUAAGGUGCUGGAAUUAAGAUCAGGAGCUACUCAAAAUGAAAUAAAAAAUCAAUGUCGAACAUUAGCAGUUAAAUACCAUCCAGAUAAAGCUAAAGAUGACGUAACUAGGAAAGAUGUGCAAAAUCGAUUCUUCGAAGUACAGCAAGCAUGUGAACUGCUAUCAAAUAGUAGAGCUAAAAGGCGAAGAAGAAAUAAACAAUUUAAUGAAGAGCUUUAAGUCGCAACAUUAUUAUUUUGUUAUAUACCUAUCAUAAAAUCAUAAUUAUUUAUACAUUUACUGUGAUAAAACCAAAUUGAUGUUAACUUCGACAUCAUUUAAGAAUAGUAUUUUUUUAUAAAUGCUAUUGGUCAAGGCAUUAAAUUCUUAUGUGAUGGAUAAUUUUAAAAUAAAAAAUACAAUAGUGUAAUUUUUUUAUGUUAACUUAACAAUAUAUUUUAUUAAGCCUUUGUCAGAUUUAUAGUACGUAUUUUAAUUUUAUAAAUGUUCAUUAUCAUUCAAUAAUUUAUUAUACUAUAAUAUUGUCCGAUAAGACACUAGAAUAACAUUCUAUUAAUAACACUCAUUAAGUAUGAAUUUAUAAAUUGUAUAGGUAAACCAAAUUCAACACUAAGUUUAUAUAUUUUAUAUAUUUUUUUAGAACCAUAAAUGUAAUGUUUUCGAGUUUUCAGUAUCUCGAAGUUCCUAUAUAAUAAUAAUAAUGUUUAGUUUGUUUUUAAUAUGUAUUUAACUUAUAAUUCCAAACUUUAUGAUUUGUUUAAAAUUAAAUAAUUUUAAUUUACCAUGUA